AGCAUCUACUAAUACCAAGCCUGUAACGCAAGACAGUCGAUAUGAUUACAUGAACCAGUUCCCAGCAGUAGACAAGAACAUCAGCGAAAAGAAGCCCCGACCGGUCCGAGAGCCCGAUGCUUCAUACAACAAGAGUCUUCCAGAGUACCUACCCAUCAAGUCGCCAUCCAUCUCGGACGAUCGUUUCGAUGACUUUGACUUCUCGCCACCUGUCACCGUCACGGCAACCAAACAGGAGGUACUGCCCAAAGUUGAACGUACUCCCUCUCUCGAAUAUAAGUUGACAAGAGCCAGUGCCAUAGCCUUGUACCCCUUCACUGCACAAAGCAAAAAGGAGCUGAGUUUCAAGAAGGGUGAUACCAUUUAUUUGACGAGGGAGAUUGAUAACAAUUGGUUGGAGGGAGAGCAUCAUGGUAAUAAAGGCAUCCUUCCGAGAACAUAUGUAGAGAUUGUGACUAGCAUUGAAGAAGCAAGGAACCUUCAGGCUAAUGCACCCAGUGCGGAAGGGAAGGGCAGAGCAAAGUAUAAAUUCAAAGGAGAAACGGCCAAUGAGCUUUCAGUCAAUAAGGGUGACAUCAUAGAUCUGGUUAGGAAGAUCGAUGCUAACUGGUGGGAGGUUCGUCAUGGUAACAAGGCUGGUAUCGUUCCAGUGGCUUACCUGGAUGUCCUCAGAGAGCCACAUCAAGGGAUUUCGUCGCCUGUACCAAAGUCUCUUAUCAGCUCCAGUUCAGGGCGUGGUCCACUGAGCCCCACGCCCCGAUCCCCCUCUGUUCAGGCACCAAGGUCUCCCUCCGCCCAGGCACCCCGGUCGCCUUCCACCCAAGCGCCCCGGUCGCCCUCAACCCAGGUGGAUAAUCCUAUCCAGUACACCAGCCCUUACCUGACGGACACGCCUGCGGUGGGUAGAUCGCAGCCUUCCCAGCAGCACCGGCCGGGUCAAGGGCCACGGGAUGGUGUGCAGAGGGGGAUGCAGCCCGCAGGUGGUAGGCAAACUCAGAAUGCUGGCUCUCGUCAAAGACUGCCUGAUGGUGAAAGAUUCCGUGCAGUGUAUAGCUACAAGCCUGGCAACGAUGAUGAAUUAGAGAUUAGGGAAGGGGAGACGGUGGUUGUCAUGGAGAAAUGCGAUGAUGGCUGGUUCGUAGGAUAUUCGGAAUCAACGGGACAAUUUGGUACCUUCCCUGGAAACUAUGUAGAGAAACUAUAACAUGCAUGGAGGAGGAGCCCAAACGACCUGCCUAUCUUGAAUGAAUAUGAUGCCAAAUACAAGAUGGAAGCCCGACAAAGCAUCUUCAUCAUUGAAUUUGCAGUCAGUGUUCAUUCAGGUUUCUGGGACACCCUGUACUCCCUAGACUACUGCAUGCCAAUGUAUAAUUUGAAGCUACACGAUUGGACAUCCAAGAAAAGUACAAACUUCAAUGUGCAUAACGUUUUGUUGCACUACCGUGUACCUGUGAUGCCAAGUUUGAAUCUUCAAGUGUUUCACAUGAAAUAUGAAGCUUUAGCAUACAUGAUUGUCGUGAAAAAAAUGAUGGUGAACCGUAAACCUUCUCCACGUUAUAAACUCCACCAUGCAAAUCUACAAAGAUCAUCGAAAAAAACUGUUUUUUUUUUUUUUCCAGCUCCCCUUAUAUACCAGUUUCUUCUGCUUUGCUUAGGGUUGAUUGUAUCAAUGCAAGGAAAAAAAUUACUCUUUGGAAAUAAAGUUGUACUCAUCAAAUUGGUGGAAAUCGAUUUAGGCAAUUCAGUCACAUAAGUUUACUAGCAAUGUUCACCGCAUUACAUGCAUUGGGCUUUUCACCAGUUCAUGCUGUGUAUUUUUCAUAAGUUUCCUUGAUAAACACAUAAGAAGAGGCAUUAUGGUAGUUCACUUUGUCUUUAUGAAAUAUUGAAACGCUGGUGUACAUUCAAGAAGCGAUCAAAUUUUUUCAUGGGAAUGAUCUUGUGUGUCAUUGAUCCUUUCCCAUCUACAGAAGCUAGGUGUCACAUAUCUACAAGUCCAUGGGCAAGAAAAGAAGUAAAGAACUCUAUUCUAGAUAUAUCUAUUCUGUUCGAUUAAACUUAAAGCUUGAGAAGUGUUGUUUGGGGAGUUUUUUUACAAGAAUUUUAAGAAAAAGGAGAAGAUAAUUGAAUAAAAAAUAUUUUUUGUGAACUGCAUGAAAGUCUUAUUUUUGAAAAGUCUCAUUCUAAAGUUUUGAAUCUUCUAGAGUUUUUUUAAAAAGAAAUAUCUUAGCUUUAACAUGGGUGAGCAGUGUUUAAACCGAAUGAGUAAUAUAUUUCAUAUUUCAUCUGUACAUUGUAUAUUUAUUUCAGAAAAUGAUUUGUAUUACCAGUAUACGGCAUAUCAGGAAUGCAAGUUAUUACAUAUUUGCAAUGCUUAUUUUCUUAGAUAUGGUUUUCCUUUUUUUGUGAUAACCUCACUUUGCAUGUAUCUAUCUAUAUAUUUAUACAAUUGUAUAAAGCAGGCAGAUUCAUGUGUUUUGUUUUACAUCCGCUGUAUUAAAGUUUUGUCUGAGACUUGUUUAUUUUUUAAUGUCAAGUGAGUUGUUAACUACUAGACGCCUUUUCUCACAUUUGAACUGAUACUUUAACAUUUUGGUUCAUAUUCCCAAUUUCAAUUCAUCAACCAAAAUUAACCAAAUAUGUAAUUGAUUAUUUUAAGGGAAAUUGGGUGUCUACUGUAUGUAUAAAAAAAACGCUGAUACAGGCUUGAUAUAUUGCCCAUGCCCUGCCUAAAUGUCUAGUACUUUUACACAAGGUUAUCAAACUGAAAGUAUCCCCCUUUCUCUCUCUUUCUCAAAUCCCCUUUCCUCUCUUUCUCUGUCUAAUAAAUGGGAAUAAAAUAUAUAUCAUGAAACUUGUUGUGUUUUAGGUACUAUUUUCGUGAACCAUUUCAUUUUAUUCACAGUACAAAGUCGGUAAUUACUCAGUACUAAUUUUCUGUUGGUAAAUCAGCUAAUAGGGAACUUCAGUACUUCUUUGCACACAUGUAUUUCAUAUCCCAUUUCAUAUUCACUCUACAAUGGACAGUUAAAAUCAUGAGCAUGAAAAAUGAGAUCUACUUCAUUCAUUUCUUAUAAGUUAGUAACUUGGGGUAUCUAAGAAUUCAGAGUUUUGAAAUCAGGUUUGAUUUAUACUGAAACUAAAAUCACUGUCAAAACUAUUUUAAAUGACAACUAUGCAAUGAGAUUUAUUAAAAAUAUAUAUUUCAUUUAUUGAUCAUUAAUUCUUGGCCUGUCAGUAAUCUCUCAGUAUGUUUAUUGUGUAUUCAAUCAUCGCAAUGUAAGGGUCUUCUGUAUUCUACGCAUGUUUGAAUGGUGUAUUGAUUUUAUAGAAUUUAUAUUCAUAUUAUAUAUUAAUUUGUGAGGUGUUAUAGGAAUUGGUUAUUUAACCCAACUCAGCUUAAAAUUAUUUAGAUUAUUUCACUUUUGUUUGUUGUAAAGCUCCUUUUCAUGAGUUCAUUCUCUAAGCACAUCUGCCAAUCAUCGCAUUGAAAAUCAUAUUGGACAAAUUUGACUAUUGUUAAAAUGUAAUUUACAGAGGAGAAGGAUUUAAUUCUUGCAAUUUUCACCAAUGUCUUUCUGUGAAAUUGAAUCAUGAGUAAUGUCCCGUUGUGAAGUUACACCUCUAAAUGUAUUUUGAUUUUGCCUAGGAUUUUUUGGAAACCCAUGUAGAUUGCUUAAGAUGUGUCCCUAAAAUUGCUGGUAAUUUGUGAUGUGUACAAUGACUUGCAAUAGGUCAACUAGAUGGAAAACAAAAAAAAAUGUACUUUUCAAUUUAAAAAGAAAAAGAUCUUUGGGUAAAGUAUUUUCAUAUGAAAACAUUUACUAAAACUUUUUAUGAAGGGGAGUUAUAAUUCUGAAAGUUUGACAAGACGUAAACAUAUCCCAUGUUUUAUAUACCCAUUUCUGACGGCCCUCAACAAAGGCUUUAUGAAUCGGAUUGUGGGUGCAUCUUGACAAAUUAAAUUAUCCUACUGAGGGAUUAUUUUCUUUAUUAAAGGACAAGUCCACCCCAACAAAAAGUUAAUUUGAAUAAAAAGAGAAAAAUCCAACAAGCAUAACACUGAAAAUUUCAUCAAAAUCGGAUGUAAAAUAAGAAAGUUAUGACAUUUUAAAGUUUCGCUUAAUUUCACAAAACAUUUAUAUUCACAUCCAGGUCGGUUUGCAAAUGAGGAAACUGAUGACGUCGUCCACUCACUAUUUCUUUUGUAUUUUAUAAUAUGAAAUAUGAAAUAUUCUAAUUUUCUUCUCAUUGUCAAGUUAAACGACGAUUAAUUCCUCCCUGAACAUUUGGAAUGAGCAUUGUUUAAUACUAUAUGGUUCAAUCAAAUUGGUCCUUAUUGUCAAAUAUGUAAAAAAUGAAAUAUUGUAUAAUUCAAACAAUAAGAAACAAAAGAAAUAGUGAGUGAUGGACAUCAUCGACUGACUCAUUUGUAUGUCACUGAGUUGUGCACAUCACUGUUUUGUGAAAAAUAAGCGAAACUUUAAAAUGCCAUAAUCUUCUUAUUUUACAUCCGAUUUUGAUGAAAUUUUCAGCAUUAUGCUAGUUUGAUUUUUCUCUCUUUAUUUAAAUCAACAUUUUUCUGGGGUGGACUUGACCUUUAAGGCAGAGAUGAGCAAUGUUAAUGUGCUACCAUCAUUUAUCAAAGAAAAAAUUGGUUGUCCAAGAUCCACAUAGCCUGUCAUUUUGUAGAAGCCUCACUGACGGCAACAAGUCAUAUUGUACAUCAUGUAACCCUGUAGCGAUUUGCAUGUGUGAGCAUUAUCCGUUGCCCCAUUUGUAAUUUUGUAUAGAAGUGUGUUUACAUAAUUGUAUUCUAUUGUGAUGUGAUCGAAAUCUAAUUUAUUCAAACACAAUGUACUGGUAUAUAUAUAUUAUGUGAGUGACUGCCUUGUAUUUUCAGAGAAAAAUCAAUGAAAGCAAUUUGCUUUCUUGUUUUUAGAGUACUAUGUAUAUUUCAUUAUAUAGAGUUUUAUUAUAGAUAAAUGAAAUUAUGACAUAAAUGAUGUUCAGCCAUAGGUUAUCUUUGCAACAAGUAGAUAGUCACGAUUUUUUAAAAGAUUUUGCUUUUAACAAUACAAUUUUGACUGCAUAUUGCAUGAUUGUCUUUGUACAUGUACGUGGAGUGUGUUUUCUUUGCAAAGAAAUAAACUUAUUUAUAAAAAAGGUGUCUUUUAUUGUAACAAAUGUAUUGAGUCCCUCUAUUG